CGGGCCCGGCCCGGCCCCGCCGGGACCCCCUGCCCGCCACGGCACCCCCCGACCCCGCAACGGGACCCUCCUCCGGGCCAUGGCACCGCCGCCUCGCCCGGCCCGGCCCGCAGCUCUAGCCUGACCCGUGCCCCCACCCUGCCUGGCCCCACCAUGGAGAACGAACAGCUCCCGGCCCCGGCCCCCGCCAGCAGCUCCGGGGGCACCGCCCCGACCGCCGCCAGCACUGCGGCCACGCGCCCACCCGGGCCCCAGAUCUCCGUGUACAGCAGCAUCCCCGACCGCCAGACCGUGCAGGUGAUCCAGCAGGCGCUGCACCGGCAGCCCAACACGGCGGCGCAGUACCUGCAGCAGAUGUACGCGGCCCAGCAGCAGCACCUCAUGCUGCAGACGGCCGCCCUGCAGCAGCAGCACCUCACCAGCGCCCAGCUCCAGAGCCUGGCAGCCGUCCAGCAGGCGAGUUUGGCGGCCAACCGGCAGAGCGGCUCCUCGGCAGGCAACGGCACCCAGCCCGCCCCGGCGCAGCAGCCCACGAUCAACCUGGCGACGUCGCCGGCGGCGGCGCAGCUGCUGAACCGGGCGCAGAGCGUGGGCCCCGGCGCCUCGGGCAUCGCGCAGCAGGCGGUGCUGCUGGGCAACGCCGCCUCGCCCGCCCUCACCGCCAGCCAGGCGCAGAUGUACCUGCGGGCACAGAUGCUCAUCUUCACGCCCACGGGCCCCGUCAGCGCCGUCCGGCCCGAGAGCCCCGCGCCGGCCCCUCCUGCGGCCCCACCGCCCGCCCCACCACCCACCGCCCCCCAGGUGCACAGCCUGGCCCUGCGCCCCGCCGGCCCCCACCUCCCCGCCCUGGCCAUGAAGCCCCCUGGGGGUGCCUCUCCCCGGGCCGGCCCCCCCCGGGGUCCCCCACCCGAGCCCCCCACCGAGCACCUCAAAAAGGCUGAGGGGCCCGAGGCCCGCGCCCACCCCCUGGCCCGUGCUGCCCCCACCACCGCCCACCCGCUCGUCACCACAGCCUACGCCCCGCUGCAGCCCCCCCAGUUCCUGCAGCAGCCCCCGAAGCCGCCCAAGGCGGGGGUCCCGCAGGGAGCAGGGGGCGAGGGGGGCCCCCCCAACGGGCACCCCGGGGGCUGCCACGCGGCUCCCCCCCGCAAGUUCCAGCACGCAUCGGCCGUCAUCCUGCAGCUGCAGCCCGCCGGGCCCACGCCCCCUCUCGGUGUCCCCGAGGGCGCCCGCCGGGACCCGCUGCCCGCGCCGAGGAGUGCCGAGAGCCCGCCCGCCGCGCCGCCACCGCCCCCCGCCCUGUCCCCGCCCGCCGCGCCCGCGGGCCCCGCCACCCCCGACGGCGAGCGGCCCCCCGCCCACGCGGGCCGGGCCCGCUGGGGCGGUGGCCAACGCUCUGACCUCACUUCCGCAUCCGCCCCCGGCGCGGCCCGGCCCCGCGGCCCCGGCGAGGGAGGGGCGGCGGAGCGGGAGCCGCCGCCGGACAAAGAGCCCCCCGAGCGCCUCCAUGCGCAGCCCCGCAUUCCCGGGAUGACCUCGGGCUCCGGCAGCGCUGCCGCCACGGUCGCCGGCGCCGCCCCCCACAAUGGUGAGAACAAACCACCCCAGGCCAUCGUGAAACCCCAGAUCCUCACCCACGUCAUCGAGGGCUUCGUCAUCCAGGAGGGCGCCGAGCCCUUCCCGGUGGGGCGUUCCUCGCUGCUGGUGGGGGCCCUGCACAAACAGUAUGCGCAGGAGCUGCUCCCGGACAAGCUGCCACCGCAGGACAACACCACCACCACCGACUCGGACAUGGAGGAGCCCUACCUGCAAGAAUCCAAAGAGGAGGGGAACCCCCCCAAGCUGAAGUGUGAGCUCUGCGGCCGCGUCGACUUCGCCUACAAGUUCAAGCGCUCCAAGCGCUUCUGCUCCAUGGCCUGUGCCAAGAGGUACAACGUGGGCUGCACCAAGAGGGUGGGUUUGUUCCAUCCCGACCGCACCAAACUGCAGAAACCGGGGGGGCCCCCCCACGGGCGGCGCCGCAGCUGCAAAGGAACCCUGCCCCCCCUGGGCAAGGACAGCAAGAAACAGCUCAACCACAGCCAGGAGGAUUCGAGCCGCUGCUCCGACAACUCGAGCUACGAGGAGCCGCUGUCGCCCAUCUCCGCCAGCUCCUCCACGUCCCGGCGCCGGCAGGGGGAGCGGGACCUGGAGCUGCGGGACAUGGAAUUGCCCGACGUGCACGGCCGGGACCUGCCCGGGCUCGGCCACCGCUUCCUGCCCAGCGAGCCCAGCAAGUGGAACGUGGAGGACGUGUACGAGUUCAUCCGCUCCCUGCCCGGCUGCCAGGAGAUCGCGGAGGAGUUCCGGGCGCAGGAGAUCGACGGGCAGGCGCUGCUGCUGCUCAAGGAGGACCAUCUGAUGAGCACCAUGAACAUCAAGCUGGGCCCCGCCCUCAAGAUCUACGCCCGCAUCAACAUGCUCAAGGACUCCUGAACUGGGGGGAGGGGAGACACCCC